UUCUUUUUUUUGAAGAACUGCAGUAGGGGGAUACUGUUUCUUGCUCUGUGCACCUCUAAGUUGUAGCUGAUUUUGUGGUGUCACCAUCUACAUUAAUUUCCAGCUAGCUCGAUAGAGAAAGAAGCUAGCUAACGAUGGGGUUUGCCUACCGGAUCGCGAGCCCGUCGGAGUACCUUGCGAUCACCGGGUACGGCAUCAAUGAUGUGAAGCUCGCGAAGAAGGCGUGGGUGGCGCCGGGGCAGCGAUGCACGCGUUUCGACAUCUCCCCGGUGAACUACACCUUCGAGGUGCAGGCCAUGAGCGCCGAGAAGCUGCCCUUCAUCCUGCCCGCCGUCUUCACCAUCGGCCCCCGCGCCGACGACGAGGAUUGCCUCCUCCGCUACGCCAAGCUCAUCUCCCCGCACGACAAGCUCUCCCAUCAUGUCAACGAGCUGGUCAAGGGCGUCAUCGAGGGCGAGACCCGCGUGCUGGCGGCGUCCAUGACCAUGGAGGAGAUCUUCAGGGGCACCAAGUCCUUCAAGCAGGCCGUCUUCGAGAACGUGCAGCUGGAGCUCAACCAGUUCGGCCUCAUCAUCUACAACGCCAACGUCAAGCAGCUCGUCGACGUGCCGGGCCACGAGUACUUCUCCUACCUGGGCCAGAAGACGCAGCAGGAGGCCGUGAACCAGGCGAAGGUGGACGUCUCCGAGGCGCGGAUGAAGGGGGAGGUCGGCGCCAAGGAGAGAGACGGGACGACGAGACAGAACGCGGCCAAGGUGGACGCCGAGACCAAGGUGUACACGGUGAAGCGGCAGGGCGAGGGAGCCAAGGAGGAGGCGCGGGUGAAGGCGGAGGUGAAGGUGUUCGAGAACGAGAGGGAGGCGGAGGUGGCGGAAGCGAACUCGGAGCUGGCGAUGAAGAAGGCCGGGUGGGAGCAGCAGACGCGGGUGGCCGAGGUGGAGGCCGCCAAGGCGGUGGCGAUCCGGGAGGCCGAACUGCAGUUGGAGGUGGAGCGGCGGAACGCGGCCAGGCAGACGGAGAAGCUCAAGGCCGAACACCUCAGCAAGGCCGUCGUCGACUACGAGAUGAAAGUGCAGCAGGCGAACUGGGAGCUGUACAAUAGGCAGAAGGCGGCGGAGGCGCUGCUGUUCGAGCAGGAAAAGGAGGCCGAAGCACGCCGGGCGGCGGCGGACGCGGCCUUCUUCGCGCGGCAGCGCGAGGCUGAGGCAGAGCUCUACGCCAAGCAGAAGGAGGCCGAGGGGCUGGCGGCCAUGGGCGAGGCCCAGAGCGCGUACCUCUCCUCCAUGCUCGGCGCGCUCGGCGGCAGCUACGGCGCGCUGCGCGACUACCUGAUGAUCAGCUCCGGGGUGUACCAGGAAAUGGCACGCAUCAACGCCGACGCCAUCAGGGGGCUCGAGCCCAAGAUCAGCGUGUGGAGCAACGGCGUCGGCGCUGGUGGCGAGGGCGACGCCAGCGGCGGCGGCGCGAUGAAGGAGAUGGCAGGGGUGUACAGGAUGCUGCCGCCGCUGCUUACCACGGUGCACGAGCAGACCGGGAUGCUGCCGCCAGCGUGGAUGGGCACUCUGACGGGCGGCCCUUCGAAGUCCAGCUGAUCGAGCUCGAUGCAUGCGAAGCUUUCACAGUUUCAUUGCACCAGGUGAGUUUGCCAAAUGUACAUUCCCAGUGCCCAGUCCCGUGCAGUCGUGCACGAAAUGCGUGUGUGUGUGUGUGAUGCGUUGUGCCUGUGCUGAAUCAAAGACCUCGCCUCCUUCAUCAGUCGUGUGCGUUGUUGUUGUUGUUGUUUGGAAAGGAAGUGUGUAUCGACAUUUAUACCUCAAAAUAAAAACCAUAGGGCAUCUUGCGUGCUGAAUGUAAUUGUAAUACUGUGUAAAGAAAGCAAUAUAUGAAUUCUAAUUGGUGA